AUGCCGUCCACGCUACCAGAUGACUUUUUUGCAUGUUGUAUUAAAUGUUUAUCUUGUGGAAGUAAAUGCUCAAUGACUGCCAAUCAUCAAAAAGAAAAUAUUCCUCAUCAAUGUGAUAAACGAUGUUCAUAUAAUAAAGAUUUAGAUAAUGAAGUAUGGAAAUGUUUACAAUGCCAUCGUGAAGGUCGUGAUAUUAUCGUAUAUGGAAAAUUAAUUACAAAAGGUGAUGGUCUUGUACAGGGACUUUUGAAAUAUGUUUGGUCGGGUUUCGUUAUCGAAUGUCCAUAUCACGGAGAAAUUUAUCGUUCGAGAAAACAUUGGUAUGGAAAUAAUGAACCAAAAGAUGUAACACGUGUUGAAGUUAUUCAUGUUUGGCCAGGAGAAGAUAACAGUCGAUUAGCAAGUGAUGUUACACCAAGAAAAUUUAUUGAAUUAAUCGUCUUCGCUGGAAGUUAUCUAUCGGCUCCAACAAAAAUGAUAACAGAAAUGGUAGCUGAUCAAGUAGCACCAUCGUAUUGGAUUCCAAAUAAAGAUGUUCAUAAAUGUUCAUCAUGUGAUUUACAAUUUGGGUCAGAUUUUUCUAAACAUCAUUGUCGAGCAUGUGGUCAUGUAUUUUGUGAUACAUGUACAACAAAUCGACGUGUUAUUCCGUGGAUUGAUACUGAAAAAGCCGUGCGUGUAUGUAAUAAUUGUUAUGGUAAUCCUAAAUCACGACCACCUUCAUCGUCAUCAUCAUCAACAAAUUCAUUUUCAACAUCCUAUGAUAAGUCUAAACAACAAAAUCAAAAACCAAAAAAUAAUGGUUAUGAAACUGGUAGUAGCGGAGAUUCCGGAAGCAUUGUCACGUCUGGUGAGCAUCUCAGCGAUUUAUGUUUAACUCCAACUGAUAUUUUCGAUAUCGAACAGCCAGGAGCAGGUCCAGUAACAGUUGACAUUCCUACAACUAGACGUGUUUAUGAAACUGUUCUAAGUGGUCUUGAAAAAAUAGGUGUUAACUAUCCAAUUGAAUUUAUCAAAGAAAGUACUCGACCAAAUUAUUGGCAACCAGAUAGUGAAUGUAGUUCCUGUUCUAUAUGUAAAUCUAUUUUUAAUAAUACAACAAAUCGAUUACAUCAUUGUCGCAGUUGUGGCUAUGGUGUUUGUGAACAUUGUUCACCAAAUAAACGUUCUGUACCCGAACGAGAUUGGUUAACACCUGUACGUGUAUGUAAAAUGUGUGAUCGAGCAAUGAAUGACGCAUCUACUGAACGUAAAUAA